AGAAUGGGCAGAAGGUGGAAUGUAGGUCACUAUGGCAACCAGAUCACCUAGUCACACAAACUGGUGAGCCCUUGGGGCUGAGGUUCUGCAGCAGAGAGAAAGGUGGGGCUGGCAUGGGACAAUGUUUGAGGUACCAGAUGCAUUGGGAGGACCUGGAAGAAUAUCAGGCCCUGACCUUUCUGACCAGAAAUGAAAUCCUGUGCAUCCAUGACACCUUCCUGAAGCUCUGCCCCCCUGGAAAGUAUUACAAGGAGGCGACACUGACAAUGGACCAGGUCAGCUCCCUGCCGGCCCUGAGGGUCAACCCUUUCAGAGACCGAAUCUGCAGGGUGUUCUCCCACAAUGACGUGUUCUCCUUUGAGGAUGUGCUGGGCAUGGCAUCUGUGUUCAGUGAGCAGGCCUGCCCCAGCCUGAAGAUCGAGUAUGCCUUUCGCAUCUAUGAUUUUAAUGAGAACGGCUUCAUCGAUGAGGAGGACCUGCAGAGGAUCAUCCUUCGAUUGCUCAACAGCGAUGAUGUGUCUGAGGACCUGCUGACUGACCUCACGAGCCACGUCCUGAAUGAGUCGGAUCUGGACAAUGACAACAUGCUGUCUUUCUCAGAGUUUGAACACGCAAUGGCCAAGGCUCCAGACUUCAUGAACUCUUUUCGGAUUCACCUCUGGGGAUGCUGAUAUGGCCACACAUACCUGACCUGGAAACUUUGAGGGGACCACUGGCACUUGGAAUCCAAUCUUCUCCUGGCGUUAGGGGACUCUGAUUAGAAG